UUUACGCACAACAGCACCGCGCCGGGCUGCGGGUGAUCAGCUGCGGGAAGCUGCGGGAAGCUGCGGGUGAUCAGCUGCGGGUGAUCAGCUCCUGUCAGAUUUGAUCAGGUUCAGAGUUUGAUCAGGUUCGGUGGUCCUGCUGCGCUCCUCGCUGGCGCGUUUAGGGAAUCAGAGGAAGGAUGGAGAACUCCUCCUCGUCUCCUCCGGACCUGGACCAGAACCAGAGCCGGACCUGGACGGACCACAGCGUCCAGUUCAAGGUUGUGAGCAGCGUGCUGCUGCUCCUCAUCUGCGCGCUGGGCAUCGUGGGGAACGUGAUGGUGAUCCUGGUGGUGCUCAUCACCCGGCACAUGCGCACUCCGACCAACUGCUAUCUGGUGAGCCUGGCGGUGGCCGACCUGAUGGUCCUGACGGCCGCCGGGCUGCCCGCCAUCCCGGACAGCCUGUUCGCCUCCUGGGUGUUCGGCCGCUGCGGCUGCCUGCUCAUCACCUACCUGCAGUACCUGGGCAUCAACGCGUCCUCGUGCUCCAUCACCGCCUUCACCAUCGAGCGCUACAUCGCCAUCUGCCACCCGAUCAAGGCCCAGUUCCUGUGCACGCUGUCCCGGGCCAAGAGGAUCAUCCUGCUGGUCUGGGUCUGCACCUCCACCUACUGCGUCAUGUGGUUCUACCUGUCCGACAUCGAGCUGCAGGUGUUCGCCAACGUCACCGUCGUGACGUGCGGCUACCGGGUCCCCAGGAAGUUCUACCUGCCCAUUUACUUCUUCGACUUCAGCGUCUUCUUCGUGCUGCCGCUGCUGCUGUCCGCGGUUCUGUACGGCCUGAUCGCCAGGAUCCUGUUCCUCAACCCGCUGCCCUCUGACCCCAAAGGCGGCGGGAAGCGCGAGGCGGCCUCCGCCAGCAACAACCAGCGCAGCAGCUGCAAGAACGCGCGACACUCCAGCUCCACCGCGACGUCACGCAGACAGGUGACGAAGAUGCUGGCGGUGGUGGUGAUCCUUUUCGCCGUGCUCUGGAUGCCGUAUCGCACCCUGGUGGUGGUCAACUCCUUCCUGGACCAGCCCUACCUGGACAACUGGUUCCUCCUUUUCUGCAAGAUCUGCAUCUACCUGAACAGCGCCAUCAACCCGGUCAUCUACAACGCCAUGUCUCAGAAGUUUCGCGCCGCUUUCCGUAAGAUCUGCCGCUGCGGGGCGAAGGGCUCAGACAAAGCGGCGGCGUACAGCGUGGCGCUCACCUACAGCGCCGUCAAGGACACUUCACUGGUGGAAAGCACAGAUCACUUCACCACAGAGCUGGAGGAGCUGACAGUCACAGACGAGCUGCUGGCGGAGCAGAAGGUCACGUUCUCCAACUCAUGUGGAUGUGCAAAGGUGAACUUUGGUCACGACUGGUUGGAGGCCAGCGAGGCGACUGGUGAGUCUCCUGAGGACUAAAGACCUCCAAAGUGUUGCCUAAUGGACUCCCUUAAGUGGGAAUAUUGUUUCCUGAGUGCCUGCUGACCUUUUGAAAGCCAGGCUGCUGCAGGUACAGAUGUAAACACAGAUCGCAGCCAGUGGAGCGCAAUGAGAGCCUCUGAGGCUCAAAGCCAAACAUGUUAGCCGAGAGCGACGGCAGACAUUAUAAAGCCACAAACAACCCGACAGAUAAGCGCUGCCAUUACGCAGCUGUUACCAUCGUAUCUGAGACCGGUCCGUGCAAGGUGUUUGAGUCAACACGGCCAGACUGGGAGCAAAAACACCUUCCCCACUGCAAACAUGCCCCAGCUCUCACAUUUAUGAUCUCUGCAGCUGAGACAGCAGCAAGUCACGCUCACACCUUCACACGGCAUCCCACAUAAAGACAAGGAUCCGGAAGGAGACGCCUUCGCUUUCACCGGCAGGGUGCAGGACAGCAGAGCCACCGCGGUUUGAGCCACGCAACCAAAACCCACCGGGGUCAGCACCAUUCAGAGGAGCCAGACAUCCAGCAGCUGGGGACCAAAGGAACCUCUGACCUCCAGAGAUCCCAUCAGAACUGGCUCUCCACGUUCUGGACGGGUUUCCUGGUCGGUCACGGCAGGAGCGGAACCAGCUGGUAUUUACCGAGCUGCACCAGAUUCAGAUGCUCGUGUUUCAUGAAGCAUUUGCUGCGAUUAUUGGGAUUAUUUGUAUUUCUGAAGCUGCUUUUCAUGAUCAUUAUUAUCACAGAUUUAGUGUUGUGAUUUUGUAAAGUUCUGCUUCUCUUACCGUAUUGUAAUAAUGGAUUGAUCCUAAAUUAAUUUGUACAUUUCGUCUUCAUACUUGAA